GCUUUACUCACGUCUCACCCUAUACGCCGCAACUGCUCUCUUGCUGCGCAUUUUAGUUCCGUCACCCUAAAGCCCUAAUAAAUCAUCAAUGUCUUCAAUCGUCCUGCGACACGUUCGCCACCUCUCGACGGCCUCGGCCGCGGUCGCCGCCUCGACCUCCGCUGCCUCCACCAUAUCCAUUUCCAAAGCAAAAUCGGUUCUCCAAUCCGAGCACGACCCUGACAAAGCGUUGGAGGUAUACUCCUCCGUCUCUGACCACUACCCCUCUCCUCUCACCUCCCGCUAUGCGCAGGAGUACACCGUCAAGCGUCUCGCAAAGUCGCACCGUUUCUAUGACAUAGUAACCUUCUUAGAGGCUCACAAGAAAGAUCCCAAAGUCACGAAGGAGCACUUCCUUGCCACUAUCAUCCGCUCUUAUGGCAUCGUUGGAAUGUUCGAUAACGCGCUCAAGACAUAUGAGCAGAUGAGCGACUUCGGAACUCCUAGAUCAUCUGCUUCCUUCAACGCCCUUCUGUCCGCUUGCAUCCAGUCGAAGCUGUACGAUCGUGUCCCCCAGCUGUUCGAUGAAAUUCCUAAGAAGUAUGGAGUUUCGCCUGAUAUGAUUUCUUAUGGCAUACUUAUUAGGUCUUACUGUGAAGUUGGGUCGUCUGAAUUGGCCAUGGAGAAAUUGAAGGAAAUGGGGGAGAACGGCAUGAAAGUUAAUGCCAUCCCGUACACUACGGUUAUGAAUUCGUUAUACAAGAAAGGGAUGAGCAAAGAAGCUGAAAAGGUUUGGGAUGAGAUGGUGAAAUCAGGGUGUGACCUGGAUGUUGGAGCCUAUAACGUCAAGAUUAUGAACAUUCAAGGUGGGAACCCGGAAGCCGUUAAGGGUUUGAUAGAAGAAAUGAGCAAUGCAGGGCUAAAACCUGAUAUAAUUAGCUACAAUUACUUGAUGACCAGUUACUUCAGGAAUGGGAUGAUAGACGAAGCUGAGCAGGUGUAUCACAAUCUCCAGGCUAAUUUUUGUAAGCCUAAUGCUACAACUUUUAGGACUUUCAUCUAUAAUGCAUGUCAGAAGGGGCAGUUUGAGAAUGCGUAUAGGGUAUUCAAUGAGAGUGUGGCAAUGAACAAGAUCCCAGAUUUUAAUACUCUGAAGCAUCUAGUUUGCGGUUUGGUGAAAAUAUCAAAGACUACAGAUGCAAAAAAUGUCAUAUCAGUAGUGAGGAGUAAGUUUCCACCUAAUGUGAUGCGGGCUUGGAACAAACUUGAGGUAGAGUUGGGCUUGGAGAAUUAAGAUGGUCCCUGAGAAAGGCAGGGUGGUUUGUUAUCACUUGGUAAUUUUUAGUGCAUUACAAACAUUCUCACAUCGAACUCAAUGUUGAGUGAUACAUUCCAAGAUUCAAUCUUUAGGUUUAAAUUAUAUUCGAAGAUCGGAUCUUUAGGUUUGAUUUAUAUUCCAAGAUUUGAUCUUUGGUUGAAUUUUGCAGCUAGACUGCAGCCGUUGUUUAGUUUUGUAUGAAUCUCUUUGACAUAAAGUGAGAAAGCUGCAUUGAUGAAUGAAGUUUUGUUGGAUUUGCAAUGUGUAUGAGUGUAUCAUCAGUCUUUCAUCAGCCAUGACUUCAUUCUGUAACUGUUUGUUGUGAAUUUCACUGUUCUAUUUAUGAUUUUUGAGUACUAGUCCUUUGUGUGUAUGAUUUCAUUGGUGCGUAAAAGGAGCCACUACAGUCUACAUUGGAUGAAACUUUCUCACCAUUACUGCAAGGGAUUAAGCCUGAAACUUCAAUUCAACAGUCUCACCCAACAAUCGUUGAGCUACUCGCUCGGGUAGUUUUGUCAAAUUAGCAUUUGGAGUUGGCAGAAGUGAAAAUUAAGUGUACAUACUAGGAGACAUUUAUAUCCAGUAGCUGGUAAGUACAUACUCCGUAUCUAAUUUGGUGAAUGGGUGCCAUGUAACUAAGAAUGUUCUUCAAUAAUGUACUUAGUAAUAAGAUUGAAUGAAGUGAUGAAACUUGCAUUAACCCAGCCACAUUCA